CUUUCGAGGUGUUCAAACGUCACGGAAUCGAUCCUGUUUCUGCUAUGAAUUCUUCAUUACCCUUGCAAAUGAUUCCAUAUUUUUUAAUGACUCCUGAUUGGAUAUUAAGACCUGUGCUUGAUAAUAUAUUUAAACAAGAAUCCAUGAAGUUUGGCAUAAAUUUAAUGUCUCAAGACUUUAAUUUUGGAAAUAAACUCGAAAUUGAUGAUUUACAAGGUGAAAUUGUUAGAUUAGGUGGUUCAGGAGGUCUAACAACUGUCUAUAACAAUGGGAUAUUAAGGUUGGUAAAAUUAGUUGAAAAUGUUAUGCGAGACUUAAACCAAGAUUGGAAAGUUGGGAUCGAUGCUGUUGAUGUUUUGGCUUAUAUUGAAAAUGGAGUUGUACCAAAUGUUUUGCUAAAUAACUAG